CAAUGUGGUCCACCCAUGGUAGCAGAACCAGUAAUGUAUGAGUUUAAUUCUCCCAGCAGGUGGCGCUCCACUAUGAAUCAGCUCAAGGACAGUGAAGAGGAAGCUCCGCCCACUAUAACCACCUUGUUUGAGGAACAUGAGGGUCAGAGGAGGAUCCAUCAACAGGGACCAGACUCUGCUGGACCUGGACCCAGCUGUGUCUCCAUGUCGAGUGACUGCUCCAUGGGUCAACCUGUGGACGUCAAACAAGAACAGAGGAGGAUCCAUCAACAGGGACCAGAAUCUGCCAGACUUGGACCUGGACCCAGCUGUGUGUCCAUGAAGAGUGACCAGUCUAUAGGUCGUCUUAUUGACUUCAGAGAGACUGAGAGAAUUAAGAAUCAACACAAAAUACAAGACUUUCUCCUCAGAGUUGACCAGCAGAGGACAGAGGUUCUCCGUGGUCAGUCUGUCCAGCAGCAUCGAGCAGACCUGGACUCCAUAAUUAAGCUGCUGGAGGAGAACAUCAUCUGCUUUGUGAAGAACGAGCUGAAGAAGAUCCAGAAGGUUCUGGGUACAGAUCACACAGAAGUCUCAGAGAGUCAGAGGGAGGAUGAGGAGGUGUUGGAUGGUGAAAAUGAGGAGCAGAGGAGCAGCAGAGAGGCCUUUCUGAAGAUCACAGAUAACUUCUUGAGGAGGAUGAAGCAGGAGAAGCUAGCCGAUUGUCUGCAGAGCAAAACCAGAGCUCCAGCUUGUCGACUUGAACUCAAAUCAAACCUAAAGAAGAAGUUCCAGUGUUUGUUUGAGGGCGUGGCUAAAGCAGGAAACCCCACCCUUCUUAAUGAGAUAUUCACAGAGCUUUACAUCACAGAGGGAGGGACUGGAGAAGUCAACGAAGAACAUGAGGUCAGACAGAUUGAAAAAGCUUCAUGGAAACCAGACAGACCAGAAACAACUAUCAGACAAGAAGACAUCUUCAAAGCCUCAGCUGGAAGAAACAGACCAAUCAGAACAGUGAUGACAAAGGGAGUUUCUGGCAUUGGGAAAACAGUCUUAACACAGAAGUUCACUCUGGACUGGGCUGAAGACAAAACCAACCAGGACAUACAGUUCAUGUUUCCCUUCACCUUCAGAGAGCUGAAUGUGCUGAAAGAGAAGAAGUACAGUUUGGUGGAACUCAUCCAUCACUUCUUCACUGAAACCAAAGAAGCAGGAAUCUGCAGGUUUGAAGACUUUAGGGUGGUCUUCAUCUUUGAUGGUCUGGACGAGUGUCGACAUCCUCUGGACUUCCACAACACUGAGAUCCUGACUGAUGUCACAGCAUCCACCUCAGUGAACGUGUUGCUGACAAACCUCAUCAGAGGGAAACUGCUUCCCUCUGCUCGCCUCUGGAUAACCACACGACCUGCAGCAGCCAAUCAGAUCCCUCCUGACUGUGUUGACAUGGUGACAGAGGUCAGAGGGUUCACGGACCCACAGAAGGACGACUACUUCCGGAAGAGGUUCAGAGAUGAAGAGCAGGCCAGGAGGAUCAUCUCACACAUCCAGAAAUCACGAAGCCUCCACAUCAUGUGCCACAUCCCAGUCUUCUGCUGGAUCACUGCAACUGUUCUGGAGAACAUGUUGAAACCCAGAGAUGGAGAACUGCCCAAGACCCUGACUGAGAUGUACAUCCACUUCCUGGUGGUUCAGUCCAAAGUGAAGAAGGUCAAAUAUGAUGGAGGAGCUGAGACAGAUCCACACUGGAGUCCAGAGAACAGGAUGAUGGUUGAGUCUCUGGGGAAACUGGCUUUUGAGCAGCUGCAGAAAGGAAAUCUGAUCUUCUAUGAAUCAGACCUGACAGAGUGUGGCAUCGAUAUCACAGCUGCUUCAGUUUACUCAGGAGUCUUCACUCAGAUCUUUAAAGAGGAGAGAGGCCUGUACCAGGACAAUGUCUUCUGCUUUGUCCAUCUGAGUGUUCAGGAGUUUCUGGCUGCUCUUCAUGUCCAUCUGACCUUCAUCACCUCUGGAACAAAUCUGUUGUCAGAAGACCCAACAACGAGCCAGAAGUCCAGACUGUUUAGACACAAACCUGAACUGAAUCAUCUGCACCAGAGUGCUGUGGACAAGGCCUUACUGAGUCCAAAUGGACACCUGGACUUGUUCCUCCGCUUCCUCUUGGGUCUUUCAAUGAAGACCAAUCAGAAGCUCUUAAGAGGUCUAUUGACACAAACAGGAAGUGAUUCACGGACCAAUCAGAAAACAGCUGAGUACAUCAAGAAGUUGAUCAGUGAGAAUCUGUCAGCAGAGAGAAGCAUCAACCUGUUCCACUGUCUGAAUGAACUGAACCAUCGUUCUCUUGUGGAGGAGAUCCAAGAGUCUCUCACAUCAGGACACCUGUCCACAAAGACACUGUCUCCUGCUCAGUGGUCAGCUCUGGUCUUCAUCUUACUGUCAUCAGGAAAAGAUCUGGAAGAUUUUGACCUGAAGAAAUACUCUGCUUCAGAGGAGGCUCUUCUGAAGCUGGUGCCAGUGGUCAAAGCCUCCAACAAAGCUCUACUGAGUGACUGUAACCUCUCAGAGAGAAGCUGUGAAGCUCUGUCCUCAGUCCUCAACUCAAUGUCCUCUAGUCUGAGACACAUGGACCUGGGUAACAAUGACCUACAGGAUUCAGGAGUGAAGCUGCUGUGUGAUGGACUGAAGAGUCCUCACUGUUCUCUGGAGACUCUCAGGUCAGAACUCAGUUUAUUUGACAGUUGAUCUUUUAAAUCCUGAUUUUGCUUCUUUAGGUUCUUGUUGAUGAAGAUGCUCAAAAUCUUCAGCAUUUUCUGAAUCACUGAGUUCAU